UGCCCUGGCAUCCUUAUUGAGCCUUAUGCGAGAGCCAUGUUCUUUAUUGAUCCUAUUGAGGCUCGUUCAGGACGGCCAGUCUUGCGUGGCCCCCUUUAUCUUCUCCCACGAGGCCCCAAAGCAUAAACUUCUCCUCUAAACCACUUCCUUCAACUCAGCAUCGACAUCCAUUCAAGCCAGUCUUUCAGACACUGCAAACAAGUCGACAGAACUCCAUCUAACUCCUACCACUCAUUUGGACUACAAACCUUCCGUCUUCACCAUGAAGCUCAGCGCCAUCAUCGCCGCCGCUAUCCUCAGCGCCACCGCCUACGGUGCUGCUAUCCCCGACCCACACUGCAAGUUCCCAGGCCAGCCAUGCAAGCGUGAGGCUAUCCCCGAGCCCGUGGCUCUCCCACAGCCCGUGGCUGAUCCUCACUGCAAGUUCCCCGGUCAGCCUUGCAAGCGCGAGGCCGAGCCCAUGCCAGAGCCUGGUAAGUACAAGUUCAAUGGUUGGACUACCAAGGGCCCGCAGCGAUUCCCCGGUCAGCCAGGAUCUACGAAGCGCGAGGCAGAGCCCGAAGCCGGGUACAAGUUCAACGGCUGGACUACCAAGGGCCCGAAGCGGUUCCCUGGCCAGCCCGGUUCUACGAAGCGCGACGCAGAGCCCGAAGCUGGGUACAAGUUCAACGGGUGGACUACGAAGGGCCCGAAGCGAUUCCCCGGUCAGCCAGGUUCCACUAAGCGUGAGGCAGAACCGCAACCGGAGCCCGAAGCCGAUCCCCACUGCAAGUUCCCGGGCCAGCCAUGCAAGCGCGAUGCUGCUCCUGAGCCUGAGCCCGAGCCCGAGCCGAUCCCCGAGCCAAAGCCUCACUGCAAGUUCCCUGGCCAGCCCUGCUAAGCGGCUCGUCGGAACCGUCGACAACGCUCUCAUAAGGGCGCCGAUACUUCACCUUCUUCUUUUUUGAUCAAGUUUUCUUUUCCCCUUUCGACUUCUCUUCUUCCGCCGACACUCGAGCAUCUGGACGAUCCACACCGACAACACCAUUCUUCUGGAUUUUCAUCCG